CAAACUUUCUUCUUAUCUUAUUACCAGCAGUCAGCACCAUUAGCCUCCAACAAUGGCCAUGCCUUUAGGGUUUUUCUCCACCUUCUCUGCCGCCGGAACGGCGUUACUCUCCAAAUCUCCGUCGUCGUCGUCAUCUUCGACGUUUGUUCCCCCGGCGGCGUUAAAACCAUACAACGUUAAACUGCGUACACUCGUCGUCACCUACGCCACCGCUUCGGAGCCGGCAACCGACACCAAGAAGAGAGCACCUCGAGGGUUCUCGAAGCCGCGCCCAGUGUCGCCGGAAAUGAAGGAUUUCCUCGGCGGUAGAAAUGAAAUCCCCCGCACCGAAGUUCUGAAGGUGAUUUGGGCGUAUAUCAAGGAAAAAGACCUUCAGGAUCCUGCAAACAAGAGGGUGAUUAAAUGUGAUGAGAAGCUAAAGAAGAUAUUUGGGGAGAAGGAACAAGUUGGGUUUCUUGAGAUUGCUGGGCUAAUCAGUCCUCAUUUUCUGAAAGUUGAAAGUUAGCAUUCAGAAUUGAGAAUUGAGAUUUGAGACACGAAGCUGUUUUUGUUGGUUGCUAUGUAUAUGGAGUAUGAACAUCUCUUUUGGUUGAUGAUAUUUACUAGUAAGAAGAAGAAGAAAGAAUAGUAGUACUAGUACCCCUGCACCCUGAAGGCUUCUUUUUGUAGUUUUGUUAUGUGCUUUUGGCCUUUAAGAAGCCAUGUUUUAGAAACUUUGUUAACACCCUUGAAGAUUUUUAAAUGUUUUGGUUUUAAUGGCAAUUGGUUGUUACUA